AUGGCAAAAAUGUACAUGAAAUCCAAGGAUAUGGUGGAGCUGGUCAACACACAAUCCUGGAUGGACAAAGGUCUAGGCUCUCAAAAUGAGAUGAAGGAGCAAGAGAGAAGAUCAGGCUCUUAUGGGAUGCUUGGAACCUUAACUGAAGAGCAUGACAGUAUUGAAGAAGAGGAAGAAGAGGAAGAAGAUGGAGAGAAACCUAAAAGAAGAGGUCCCAAGAAAAAGAAAAUGACCAAAGCUCGCCUGGAGAGGUUCAGGGCUCGAAGAGUCAAGGCCAAUGCUAGAGAACGGACCCGGAUGCAUGGCCUGAAUGAUGCCUUGGAUAACCUUAGGAGGGUCAUGCCAUGUUACUCUAAAACCCAAAAACUUUCCAAGAUAGAGACUCUUCGACUGGCAAGGAACUACAUCUGGGCCUUGUCUGAAGUCCUGGAGACUGGUCAGACACUUGAAGGGAAGGGAUUUGUGGAGAUGCUCUGUAAAGGGCUCUCUCAGCCUACAAGCAACCUGGUGGCUGGAUGCCUCCAACUAGGACCUCAGUCUGCCCUCCUGGAGAAGCAUGAGGAAAAAUCUCCAAUUUGUGACUCUACUGUCUCUGUCCACAGCUUCAACUACCAGUCUCCAGGGCUCCCCAGCCCUCCUUAUGGCCAUAUGGAAACACAUCUUCUCCAUCUCAAGCCUCAACCACUUAAGAGUUUGGGAGACUCUUCUUUUGGGAGCCAUCCACCUGAUUGCAGUACCCCCCCUUAUGAGGGUCCACUCACACCACCCCUGAGCAUCAGUGGCAACUUCUCCUUGAAGCAAGAUGGCUCCCCUGAGUUGGAAAAAUCCUACAGCUUCAUGCCACAUUAUACCUCUGCAAGUCUAAGUUCAGGGCAUGUGCAUUCAACUCCCUUUCAGGCUGGCACUCCCCGCUAUGAUGUUCCUGUAGACAUGACCUAUGAUUCCUACCCCCACCAUGGUAUUGGAACUCAGCUCAAUACAAUCUUCACUGAUUAG